GCAGCUUGUACAAUGAAGAUGGAAUGCCUUUUAGGAGUUCAAUCAACCAGAUGAUGAACAGCUAGAGCUCUUCAGACUCUUCCUCUGAAGUCCAACGCCAAACACACCAGCGUCUGGGGACAACAGUCCAUUUUUAUUAAAGUGCUUAAGCAAUUAACAUGGCGCCCAUAAUGGAGGGCAGGCAUACAGUCCUGUGUCUCUAUGAGCCCAUCCGGGAACUGUGCAGUAUCAGCCUUUAUCAACCCAAGGGGAGGGCCCCAGGGUUUAUGUACAAGAGCCACGCCCCUCGGGGGGCCAAGCCCUGUAAUGACCAAGACCAGGGAGAUGUAGAUCCCAUGGCAGCCAAAAGAAGAAGCCAGUCUUCUGAGUCCGCAGGCGAACUCCUCAACUGCUGCCAGGCAACAAAUGAGGCUGUAGCUGAGCUCUGCUGGCUAGCCGCGGAGCACCACCAGUUGCUGGCUGAUCUCCUAUCUCUGUGUGGAGACUGCGCUGACAGAGUCAGGAUGGGUAAUCAGGAUGGGAAGCUCCAGGAUCACAGGGAGGGUUGUGGGAGCUUCUCAGGACAGGUCCUCAGCAGCAAUGCUCAACAUGCUCUCUCUAUGUCUCUGGGGCACGAUAGAGCCUCCUCACUGGGCAGGAAGCUGAAGAAGCUGGGGGGAAAGAAGUUAAACAGUGCAGAGGAGUUCCUGCACAGCAAGAUGAAGAAGAAAGUAGGGAUAGGGAGCACUGCAGUAGAGUCUUUAUUUUUUCAGUCCUCGACUCAGACCCGGGAUCAAUCCAACCUCGUCCCAGUGGCGGAGGAGAAAAUCAUUCCUGGGGCCCCAGCCUUUCUCCAAUCUUCGGACACUCCAAUGUCAGGCUCCUAUGCCAGUGUGGCCAGCAACCCCAUCCUCAGUAUGGAGGAGCACUUCCAUAUCGCUAGAGAGGGCUGGGACUUCAUGGAGGAAGACUCUCGUGCCUCUGAGCCAGACCUGGACUUCUGCAACAACAUGUCUGAGUACGACAGUGAACUCUGCUUGGGCUACGAAGCUUCGUCCUGUAGUUUAUUGGAAGACGUGCAGGAUCAUGUUCAACUAGAGCAUAUGAUGAGUGGGAACAACAUUCGUCCCAUGAGGUCUGAGGACAAGUCAGCCCACCAGCUGUAUGAUGAGGUCAACAGGAGGGACACGGGGGUUAGGGUGGUUGCCAAGGGGCAGGAGAUGGAGGGCACAGUGCAACAUGUUGGCCAUAUUAGCCCAGACUGGUCCAAAGAGUUCUAUCCAGAGACUGAAUCAGAUGUACCUCAGCCGGGGAUGAGCAGCUGUCAGCAGGGGUAUGGGGAGUGGAGGAGUCUAAACAGGGACAUUAAAGAUACGGGAGGGACCAAACCUUCAGAGGGGCUGCAGCUGCAUCUCUCACUUCCUGUUGAGGCCUCCUCUAUCAAAUUCCACAGAAAAAGCCCCUCUUCACCCUCUCUGAGUGGGGUGUUCAACACCUCCUACCCUGCCACCAACAGUCUGCAGAGCAUGUCCCCAGUGCUGUCCCCCCUAUCGCACAAGCUCCCCAGCCCUAAGCUCAACCACCGCAUCCUGCUCCUCUCUGACGUUGACGUUGGCCAGGGGACGGACAGUGACAGCCCCAUGACUGGAUCCGAAGAGGAGCCCAAAGUCACCACAGAGGUCAUAGAUAAGAAUGGCAACAAGCGGACCAUCACACGGCUGGACCUGAACCUCAGCAGACUACCAGGGACUUCCAAAUGGAAUUUAAAUGGCCUAUCUACGGCAACAGAGGAGGCCGAUAUCUGGAUGCUGGACGGUGAUGAUGCCAUCUCCCAGACUCAGGACUCCCUGAACCGUGUCUCCCGUCCCAAUCACCUGGACUUCCUCAGGAUCACGCCCCCAGAGGAUGACAUCAUCGGAGAUACCCCCUACUACCCUCAACUGGAGUGCACGUCUGAGGUCACCUCCCCUACAGACAGUGAGGACCGGACCCCCGGGCGGCUCCAGGCCAUCUGGCCCCCGCCCAAGCCCAAGGAUGAGGAGGAGAAGGUGGGGCUCAGGUACACCGAGGCAGAGCACCAGGCUGCCCUCUUACAGCUGAAGAGAGAAUGCAAAGAGGAGGUGGAGAAAGUACAUGCAGACUUUGAGCUACAGAUCUUCCAGGUGCGAGGGGAGCAUGCUGUCGCCAUGUCCCAUCUGGACGGAGUCAUCUGCAUGAUGCAGACAGACCGUCAACAGGCCUUCAGCCUGGGCCACGAGAGGGGCGAGCUCCGUGAGGCCUGCGUGUCCACCGAGGACGACCUGCCUCCCAAAACUUUUCGGAAUGUCUGCAUCCAGACAGACAGGGAGACCUUCCUCAGGACGCCCGAGGGUGAGGCCAGUCGGCCCAGUCUUGGCCCCAGUCAGAACGUGCCUAAGAAACUCAACCUGAGUCUGCAUGGAGGAGCCUCAGGAAUCCCCGGCCUACCUCCCCUGCCCCCUCCCCCCCUUCCUCCCCUCCCUGGCCAAUCCGGACCGCCUCCACCUCCUCCUCCUCCACCUCCCCCGUUACCUGGCAACAUGGGGCCACCGCCUCCACCCCCCCCAGGUUUUGGUCCCCCACCUCCCCCUCCCCCUCCUCCGGGGUUACCUGGAGCAGGUCCUCCCCUUCCUCCCCCUCCACCUGGGUGUGCCCCACCCCCUCCUCCUGGGGGUGGAUUAUUUGGGUUUGGGUUCGGCCAGGCCCCAAGGAAACCUGCGUUGGAACCUGCUACUCCCAUGAAGCCUCUAUACUGGACGAGGAUACAGAUCCAAGACAAUAAUAAUAAUACACUAUGGGGUUCUCUGGAGGAGCCAGACAUCGUAGACACCAAGGAGUUUGAGGACCUGUUCUCGAAGGCCACUCUGCAGCCAAAGAAGAAGCCCCUCUCAGACACCUUUGAGAAGAAGGCCAAGACUAAGAAGAUUAUCAAGCUGCUGGAUGGGAAACGUUCCCAAGCAGUGGGCAUCCUCAUCUCAAGUCUUCACCUUGAAAUGAAGGACAUUCAGAAAGCUGUUUUGAGUGUAGAUAACUCUGUGGUGGACUUGGAGACCAUCGAGGCUUUAUAUGAAAAUAGGGCCACGAAUGACGAGCUGGAGAAGAUAAAAACACACUAUGAGACGUCCAAGGAGGACGAGGUGAAGCUACUGGACAAGCCUGAACAGUUCUUGUAUGAACUCUCCCAGAUUCCAGACUUCUCUGGCCGGUCCCACUGCAUCAUAUUCCAGUCUAUCUUCCUUGACUCCAUGUCCUCCAUCCACCGCAAAGUAGAAAUAGUCUCCACCGUGAGCAAAGAUCUGCUGGACUGUAGCAGUGUGAAGGAUGUGAUGGGGCUGGUCCUAGCCUUUGGGAACUACAUGAACGGAGGCAACAGGACACGGGGUCAGGCUGAUGGCUUUGGCCUGGAGAUCCUGCCCAAACUGAAGGAUGUCAAGAGCAGGGACAACUGUAUCAGUCUGGUGGAUUACGUAGUUGCAUACUAUCUGCGCAAUUUUGACGAGCACGCAGGAACAGACAAGAGUAUAUUCCCACUGCCUGAGCCACAGGAUUUAUUCUUGGCAGCUCAGGUCAAAUUUGAAGACCUCACAAAGGACAUGAGGAAGCUGGGGAGAGACCUGACUGUGUGUGAAAAGGCUGUUCAGAAGGUGUGUGCUAACUCCUCUGAGAAGGACCUCCAGCCCUUCAAGGAGAAAAUGGAGGCCUUCGUCUCGACCGCUCAAAAGGACCACACUGCUGAGGAUGACAGGCUCAAUGCAGCACAGAAAAGCUUCCUGGACAUGGUGGGCUACUUUGGGCUCAAGCCAAAGUCUGGGGAGAAGGAGGUGGCCCCUGGUUACGUCUUCAUGCUCUGGUAUGAGUUCUGCAGUGACUUCAAGAACACGUGGAAACGGGAGUGUAAGAACAUCUCCAAGGAGAGGCUGAAGGAAGCGCAGGAGAAUAUGAAAAAGAUCACUGCUGAGAAGAGGGUGGAAACCAAGAAGAUCAAUGCCAACAGUCUGAAAGAGAGACUGCGUCAGAAGGAAGCCAGCGUGUCCUCCAGCUGAAGAGGAUGACCAUUGAAGGACAGAGUGGAGAGAGGAAGUGGAGAGAGAUGGCAGAUGGGGAAAGUCUGCUGGCUUUGCCACUUCUCGCCUUCACCACCUGCCUCUUACCCAACAUCAUACCUCAUAUAGCCCUCCGUGCCCCCACGCUGUGGACCUCUCUACUACGGCCAAUUCUACCGUCCCUACUGACUGGACCAUCUCCACCACUCUCCAUGGGGCACCCCUCUUUCACCUCAACCUCGUUCCCAGAUGAGAGGCACCUUGUGUGGCUUCCAUCACUGUGUAUCCCUAGGACUACCAUCCAGACCACUUACACCAUGGGAAAUAGGAACCUGUCUGCCUGACACCCUGCUGUAGAUAUGCCGACUGCUAAGUCUAGGUAGGCCCCUGACCCCUGACCGCUAGGCUUCCUAGGCCUGCUGGAGCUGAGGACCUACAUUCAUUCCCCAGUCUGGGUUUCUUUAAGGACAGCAUCACACAUCUUGAUGACAUAAUGCAAUGCAUUGUAGCUAGGUUAUACAAAUACAAUAAAUACAUCAAAAAUAAAGAGGAGGCCUCAUUGUUGUUGGGCAAUGUCAGCAGAUAUGGCUACCAGGUGAUGUUCACUCAGAGAAACUAUUACGAUUGAAUGAGUAAGACAUUCAGGUAUUGUUAUUCUAACAAUGAUUCAGAAUAUGAAAGCAAUAUACAAUGCUAUCAUGUGGAGAAUAGCUAUUCAUCUGCUGUGGCCCAUUUUUGAAGUGUGUCUUGUAAAUGCCUUUCAUAUGGUGUUUGUUUUCAUAUGAGCAGAGACUGAUGUUGUAUUAUGAAGAGAAUCAGUAGUCUUUAUUGGACUGAGAGUCCUGUUGAAGGCAUAGCGAUGUGGGUCCUGGUCAGAAGGUAGAAACUGGAUGUAACGGUGUUAACUUUCUCACUGCACCAGACUGACCCCUCCUGGGUGAUAGCCAGAGAAUGCCAGACCUUGGCAGCAAUGCUUUGCUCUCAUCCCCCGAGUCAGACAUCACGCUCUGAGAUGAACAAACAACCCUGCUAUAAGCUACGCUGAGAAAAGCAACAGGUCUUCUGAGUAUGGCUGCCCUGACACAUUUUUUUAAGUGUAUAUGAUAGAACCGUUAGUUGUUCCCAAUGAAUGUCAUUCAUGACAUAUGUAUGUCACAAUUCUAAGCACUUUCCUUCUUGCAUCAGCUGUAUUUAGUAGCUAAGCUACAUCCCCUGUUCUUCUCAGAAUGGUACUUAUUAAUCAAAUGUAUUGCACUUUUUUUACACCUCAGUUUAAACUCCUAUGCAAUUCUAUGGCUUGCGUGCUAUGAUAAGAACAUUUAUGAAUUAAUGUUGCAAUGAAAAUUGCAUCAUCCAUUUCGAGUUUUUAGAGAAAACUAUAUUAUAUUUAUUUAACAAAAUAUUUGUCAUUUAACUCUGGAAGAUUUAAACGUUGUUUUGGAAAACUCUAAAUGUGAAAGAUUUAUUUUAUGCCAAAACAUUAACUGUUAACUGCCUCUUUGAGGCUGUAUUUUUGUGUAUUAUUUGUUUCCUACCCUUAGCUUGAGGAGGAUACAUGAAUGGCUCAGUAGUCAGGUGAAAGAUGUGUUUAGUUUAAUUUGGAUGUGACAUAUUAUGUAGAGCCUUAUUCAUUUACCCCAAAUUAUCUUGUUUCAUACCUGCUCCAAACUGAUAGGGAGAGUAUCAUUUGGCUAAAUAUAUUGCCUUUUGAUUUAUUUAAAUCAAGAACAUUUGUACUUUGUUUAAAAAUAGAAACGAUUGCUCAUAUCAAGCCAUGUGUAUACUUCACCCCUGUCAGAACCUAAUUGAGUGUAAAAAAUAACAUCGUUGUUUCAUAAUCAUUGAAUGUGCCAUUAUUUUGCAUGAAGAGUUUUCACAAUCUUACAAUUGCAAAUUGUCUGUUUACUUUACAUUUUUUUCAAAACCAAAUUAGUAGGCUAGAAGUUAAAUAUUAUGAAGGCCUAUCUAUAAUGUAAAUUGGUUCAUUUAGUUACAGGCCGAUAUAUGUUUCCACGUUUUUUUACAUGUUUAUCGUAAAAUAAAUCAUUUGCGCUAGGUCAAAGAAAUAGAUGACAGACACCACAAACAUCACAACAUUUCAGUCACCGAAGUCUUAACUGGAGUCUAUAGAUGAGGAACUUUGCAGCUUUGGAAAGGAACGUUUAAGCAUCCUUGUCAAUUGUUUCUCUACUUUCAGCACUCCCUAAUAGGCUUAACAUUCAGGCUCAGUAAUGAUGCAGUAACUAAAUAAAGGUGAAAUAUGUUCAUUACAAUGA